CAGGAGGGGGCGCGCUUUCUCCCUGCGGAUCUCAGUAAUGAGGAGACUGAGUUUGUGGUGGCUGCUGAGCAGGGUCUGUCUGCUGCUGCCGCCGCCCUGCGCUCUGGUGCUGGCCGGGGUGCCCGGCUCCUCCUCGCAUCCGCAGCCCUGCCAGAUCCUCAAGCGCAUCGGGCACGCGGUGAGGGUGGGCGCGGUGCACUUGCAGCCCUGGACCACGGCCCCCCGCGCCGCCAGCCGCGCUCCGGACGGUAGCCGGGCCGGCGCCCAGCGGGAUGAGCCCGAGCCAGGGACUUGGCGACCCCCGGCGCCCUCGCCCGGCGCACGUCGGUUGGGGAGCGCCUUGCAUGGCCGGGGCCCGCCGCGCGCCCGAAAGCCCGGGGAGGGCGCGGGAGCCGAGACCCUGUGGCCUCGGGACGCCCUCCUCUUCGCGGUGGACAACCUGAACCGCGUGGAAGGUUUGCUGCCCUACAACCUAUCUUUGGAAGUAGUGAUGGCCAUCGAGGCGGGCCUGGGCGACCUGCCGCUCUUGCCCUUCUCCUCCCCAAGCUCGCCGUGGAGCAGUGACCCUUUCUCCUUUCUGCAGAGCGUGUGCCACACCGUGGUGGUGCAAGGGGUGUCGGCGCUGCUCGCCUUCCCCCAGAGCCAGGGCGAGAUGAUGGAGCUCGAUUUGGUCAGCUCUGUCCUGCACAUUCCAGUGAUCAGCAUCGUGCGCCACGAGUUUCCGCGGGAGAGUCAGAAUCCCCUUCACCUACAACUGAGUUUAGAAAAUUCAUUAAGUUCUGAUGCUGAUGUCACUGUCUCAAUCCUGACCAUGAACAACUGGUACAAUUUUAGCUUGUUGCUGUGCCAAGAAGACUGGAACAUCACUGACUUCCUCCUCCUUAUCCAGAAAAAUUCCAAGUUCCACCUUGGCUCUAUCAUCAACAUCACCACCAACCUCUCCUCCACCGAGGACCUCUUGAGCUUCCUGCAGGUCCAGCUUGAGAGUAUUAAGAACAGUACGGCCACCAUGGUGAUGUUUGGCUGUGACAUGGAAAGUAUCCGGCGGAUUUUUGAAAUUACCACCCAGUUUGGAGUAACCCCCCCUGAGCUUCGUUGGGUGCUGGGGGAUUCCCAGAACGUCGAGGAACUAAGGACAGAAGGUUUGCCCCUCGGGCUCAUUGCUCAUGGAAAAACAACGCAGUCUGUCUUUGAGUACUAUGUACAAGAUGCCAUGGAACUGGUUGCGAGAGCUGUAGCCACGGCCACCAUGCUCCAGCCAGAACUCGCACUUAUCCCCAGCACGAUGAACUGCAUGGAGGCAGAAGCCGCAAAUCUCACUUCAGGACAAUAUUUAUCAAGGUUUCUAGCCAACACCACCUUCAGAGGCCUCAGUGGUUCCAUCAAAGUAAAAGGUUCCACUAUCAUCAGCUCAGAAAACAACUUUUUCAUCUGGAAUCUGCAACAUGACCCCAUGGGAAAGCCAAUGUGGACCCGUUUGGGCAGAUGGCAAGGGGGCAAGAUUGUCAUGGACUAUGGAAUAUGGCCAGAGCAGACCCAGAGGCACAAAACCCACUUCCAAUACCCGAGUAAACUACACUUGAGAGUGGUUACCCUGAUUGAGCAUCCAUUUGUCUUCACACGGGAGGUAGAUGAUGAAGGCUUGUGCCCUGCUGGCCAACUCUGUCUAAACCCCAUGACUAAUGACUCCUCCAUGUUGGACAGCCUUUUUAACAGCCUCCAUAGCAGUAAUGAUACAGUGCCCAUCAAAUUCAAGAAGUGCUGCUAUGGAUAUUGCAUUGAUCUGCUGGAAAAGCUAGCGGAAGACAUGAACUUUGACUUUGACCUCUAUAUUGUUGGGGAUGGCAAGUAUGGAGCCUGGAAAAAUGGGCACUGGACUGGGCUGGUGGGUGAUCUCCUGAGUGGGUCAGCCCACCUGGCAGUCACUUCCUUCAGCAUCAAUACUGCACGAAGCCAAGUGAUAGAUUUCACCAGUCCUUUCUUUUCCACCAGCUUGGGCAUCUUAGUGAGGACCCGAGACACAGCAGCUCCCAUUGGAGCCUUCAUGUGGCCACUCCAUUGGACAAUGUGGCUGGGGAUUUUUGUGGCUCUGCACAUCACUGCCAUCUUCCUCACUCUGUAUGAAUGGAAGAGCCCCUUCGGUAUGACUCCCAAGGGACGGAAUAGAAGUAAAGUCUUCUCCUUUUCUUCAGCCUUGAAUGUCUGUUAUGCCCUCUUGUUUGGUAGAACAGCAGCCAUCAAACCCCCAAAAUGCUGGACUGGCAGGUUUCUAAUGAACCUUUGGGCCAUUUUCUGUAUGUUUUGCCUUUCUACAUACACGGCGAACUUGGCUGCUGUCAUGGUAGGUGAGAAGAUCUAUGAAGAGCUUUCUGGAAUACAUGAUCCUAAGCUACAUCAUCCCUCUCAAGGCUUCCGCUUUGGAACUGUCCGGGAAAGCAGUGCUGAAGAUUAUGUGAGACAAAGCUUCCCAGAGAUGCAUGAGUAUAUGAGAAGGUACAAUGUACCAGCCACCCCUGAUGGAGUGGAGUAUCUGAAGAAUGAUCCAGAGAAACUAGACGCCUUCAUCAUGGACAAAGCCCUUCUGGAUUAUGAAGUGUCAAUAGAUGCUGACUGCAAACUUCUAACCGUGGGGAAGCCAUUUGCUAUAGAAGGGUAUGGCAUUGGUCUCCCACCCAACUCUCCACUGACCUCCAAUAUAUCCGAGCUAAUCAGUCAAUACAAGUCACAUGGGUUUAUGGAUGUGUUGCAUGACAAGUGGUACAAGGUGGUUCCCUGUGGAAAGAGAAGCUUUGCUGUCACUGAGACUUUGCAAAUGGGCAUCAAACACUUCUCUGGACUCUUUGUGCUGCUGUGCAUCGGCUUUGGUCUGUCCAUCUUGACAGCCGUUGGGGAGCACAUGGUGUACAGGCUGCUGCUGCCGCGGAUCAAGAGCAAAUCCAGGCUGCAGUACUGGCUCCACACCAGCCAGAGAUUACACAGAGCACUAAACACAUCGCUUGUAGAGGAAAAGCAGCAGCGUUUCAAGACUAAACGUGUGGGAAGGAGGGCCAGUGUGGGACCCCGUCAGCUCACUGUGUGGAAUACUUCCAAUCUGAGUCAGGAUAACCGACGAAAAUACAUCUUUAGUGAUGAGGGAGGACAAAACCAGCUGAGCAUCCGGACCCACCAGGACAUCCCGCUCCCUCCAAGGAGAAGAGAGCUCCCUGCCUCGCUGACCACCAACGGGAAGGCAGACUCCCUAAAUGGAGCUCGGAACUCAGUGAUGCAGGAACUCUCAGAGCUUGAGAAGCAGAUUCAGGUGAUCCGUCAGGAGCUGCAGCUGGCUGUGAGCAGGAAAACAGAGCUGGAAGAGUAUCAAAGGACAAACCGGACUUGUGAGUCCUAGAUGACCAUGCUGCUCCCCUUCCCAGUUCCCGGCAUUCCUCUGAGCCCUUGAGACACUUUGUAAUGCUCUUUUGUAACUACUGACAAAAGUGUGGAGAAGCGGAGGUCUAGGUCUCUCUUAGAAGUCAAGUCUGCCCAUCCUAGCCUAAAAAUCAGCCACAGCUCUUCCCAAGCUGACUCCCUAGCUCUCCAGGGUAGGGGUCUUUCAGAGCAGGGAUGGUAAAUUAGGAGUAAACUCCGUGGAAAGGAUCUAUGAAUGACCAGGCAACCCCAGCUCCUCAUUGGGUACCAUACUGGUAGUUCUGGGUUUUAGUCCUUUCUCUGCACUCUCACCAACAACAGAUAAAAUGUUACUCAUACCUGGUUUUAAUCUUAGCAUAGAACAGGGUUAUCCAGGGUUGUGGCUUUUGAUACAACUCCCCCAACUAGAUUUGUUCCUGCAUUCUGAAUAGGGAGCCAGAUAAGAGCCAGAGGUGUGGGUAGCAAACAAUUAAGCGAACUCAUUAACAUCACAGCAGACCAAGGAUUGACCGGAUCAAGCAGGAGCCCUGUUUUUGAGAGGGUUCCGCAUCUCUGACACCAUCCUGACCAGCAUUUAGUAGGAACGACUUAUGUCCACUAUGAAAGGGGAUAGGGAUGUGGUGAGCGGGAACAGGACAGGCAGAAGAGGCAUUAAAAAUAUAUACCAUGUUGAGAACAAAAGCUCUGGGCCAGAAAAACAAUUUGGCUAAGGAAGGAAUACGACAAUACUUCUAAUCUAACUAAGCAUCUCCACUACAGAGUGUGCCUUUUAUAAAGGAAAGCAAAGCAAAGCAAGGACAUGGCCUUAGAUGAAACCAGACUACCCCUGCUUAUUGCCCGUAUAGGGCAUGCAAGCUGGCUCUGUGGGUUAAGUGAAAAGGCUCUGCAAACCACACACUAGCCCGUUCUCAAAUCGGCAGUUGCCUCAUAGCUUUAGGAAUUCCUAAAGCGGACCCCCCUGCAAACACCACAAGCUUUAACAUAUGGGACGGUGCCCUGGGCGGUCCAUCUCUGUACAGGUAACUAGCACGGGGGUCUCCCAGCCCCACACCUACUCCUCCCUGAAGGGCUGAGACCAGGUGUGGUCCCUCCCGUUCUUUCCCAGGCCCCCUCUGAUGCCCCCAAGGACCUGAUUAUCAGUAACCUGGCUUCCUGAUCCCAGGCAUCCCUGUCCCAGGUGCAGUGGUGUGGACAUGCAUGCAGGAAGGAAAAGUCACGGGGAACUAUGGAACACCAGUUCCCAGUGCUAGUGUAGAUGGGAGGCAUCUAGGAACCCAUUAGAAUGCUGACCACCAGGGCCUUUUUCCCCGGAAGAUGGGGUGAGGUGGGGAGUCUGGCUCAGAAACCUGUUAACCAGCUCCCCCAGGUGACUGACACGUGUGAUCCAAAAACUACUCUUGGAGAAACACUGUUCUAGAAGGAUGGCUGCUCCAGGCCUGGGGAAAAGGAAGAGCCUUUUUGAGAGGU